GAUUAGCAAAGAAAAAACAGUCAAGAUGACCCAAAAGAUGGUGCGCUCCAUCGAGAUCAAGUCAGGUGGAGAUGUGUUUCAUGAAAUCUUCAGAGACAGGCCACAUGACCUUUCUACUAUAAGCCCAACUAAUGUUAAGAGCGUUGAUUUGCAUGAUGGUGAAUGGGGAAAAGUUGGGUCUGUGACCUUGUGGAAAUAUAAUCAAGAUGGAAAGGAGAUGAAUGGGAAAGCGAAGAUUGAGGCCAUUGAUGAGGCAAAGAAAUCAGUGAGAUUCAAGGUGAUUGAAGGUGAUCUGGUGGAGGCGUACAAGACCUUUUUCAUAAUUUUCCAUGUGGACACUGUUGAUGAGAACAACUUAGUUACAUGGACGCUUGAGUAUGAGAAGCAAAAUGAGAGCAGCCCAGAUCCCGAUUCCUUCAUGGAAGUCUCCCUUAAUAUCCCUAAAGAUAUUGAGACUCAUCAUCUCCAAUAGAAAUAAAAUGGAUCGAGCAGCAUGAAUUAAUAAUUAAUGAUGAUCAUCGAGUCGAUCGAUCCGGUAUUAUGUGUAUUAUAUUAAUAAAAUGCCUGCUUAUGAUAUUAUUGCUAAUGAUUUUCUGUGUAUUGUUGUACUAUACUAUAUCAAGAACUGAAUAAUCUAGCUAUGAUGUAUGAUUUCUAUUGGUGUAAUGAGUAACGUUUAUCUAUAAAUUAAUGGCUGAAUGCAGCAAUCCACUUUCAAGUUGAGGGAGACCUCAGAAGUAUGUUGUUUUCUCAUUAAUUAUGAUGCACGUUUAGGUUAUCACACUUGUAUUAGUUUUCGUUAGAGCUGUGUAAAUUCUAAUCCAGGCAAAGGGGUA